GUAUCAUCAUAAUAAGGCUAUUUAUGCAUAGUUUCGUAACAUUAUGUAAUGGAGAAAGAAAACAAAUUCCUCUUGCAACAACAGACCGGCACAAAAAAACACUACGGGGAAUGAAUUGUAUGGCCGGAAUCUGUGUGCUGCGCUGUUUUUUUUUCUCUGCCUCGUGAGGAUAUUUGUGUAUUUACGGUUUCCUGGAGGAAACUGUGGGCUCAGUGUAUGCUCUGUGCGCGUGUCAGACGGCGAGAGAGAACGAGCGAGCAAACAUGUGAGUAAGUCUGUGAGUAUGCAACGUGUUGAGCAGCUGAACUCUGUCUUGAACCCUCGGGCCCCGAGAAGAGGACAACUCUCGCCAGUUCUGAGACAAAAAGAGAGACAACCUUCAUUUUUUCUCCCCUCGUUGUCGCACCGUUUGUUUGUUCGUUUGAUUUUGAUCUUUCCUUCCUUUUGUUCUGGAUGCUUGCCUCACAGGAUGUCAUGUUUCAGGAUCCCUCAGGGUUUUGGACCUUUUCUGAAAAGUUUGGACGCAACACUUGUAUUCAGCUUUUGAAUAGAAGUGUUUCCCCGCUGUUUUUUUCCUCCCCUCUCGUGGUAUUUCCUGCUUUUAUGUGUUGCUCUGGUCCUGUCCUUGUGUCAGGAUGAGUGUGCUCCGCUGGCACCGGUUGUCUGCACUCUGGAAGAAUUGGAUGUUCAACCAGGAGCCAGCAGAAGAGCAAGGCCAGAUCUCAGAAGCUCCAGGACAUGAAGCAGAGCCAGGGAAAAAGGAAGGGAACACAUCCAAGGAUCACAACUCAGACUUAAUGGAGCUUAAGACCCAGAAUUUGGAUUAUGAGAACCAGAAAUCAGAAGUAGAGAGCCAGAACUUGGAAUUUACAAAUCUGAACUCGGGUCCUAAGAUCCAAAAGUCCGAACUUCUUAAACGCAGCUGUGAGGACCGGUCUUCCAGCUGUCCCCACGCACCUGAAGGUUGUGGCUGUGAAUCCCGUAGAAGCUGCUAUUCUGAGGAGGGUGUUGACUGUUUAUUGCAGGUGGAUAACGGCAGCGAGGGGGACGACGGUUUUCUACAGAGAGAGGGAUCCCAGCGGAGGUCCAGGCGGCGCUUCAGGAGGGUCAACCCCAGGGGAGAGCGGGAACUCAUCACAGACGGCCAAGAACCCGCCGGCUACAACACGGAUUAUGUCAACAACCAGCUUCCUGCUGACCUCAAUAAGAUGCACCUAACAGACCACGCCCACCAGCAGGUGAUGCACAUGCCUCCCAGCCAGUCAGGAUGCAGCAUCGCCAGCGACUCGGGGAGCAGCAGCCUGUCAGAUAUUUAUCAGGCCACAGAGAGUGAGCUUGGAGAUGUGGACCUGUCUGGACUUCCAGAGGCUGCUGUGGAUAGUGAGGAAGAGGAGGAGGAAGACGAAGACCUGGAGAGAGCUUCGGACACUCUUCUGGGGCGAGAUCUAGUCCGAGAGUGUCUGGAAAAAGACCCAGCCGACCGCAACGAUGACGACAUUGAGCAACUACUGGAGUUUAUGCACCAGCUGCCUGCCUUCGCCAACAUGACCAUGUCUGUGCGGAGGGACUUGUGCAGCGUCAUGGUGUUCGAGGUGGUGGAGCAGGCCGGCACAGUCAUACUGCAUGACAAACAAGAGCUGGACCUCUGGUAUGUUAUCCUGAAUGGGGCGGUUGAGAUCAGCCACCCGGAGGGAAGAGUGGAGACUCUUUGCAUGGGCAACAGCUUCGGGAUCUCGCCCUCUCUGGACAAGCAGUACAUGAACGGAGAAGUUCGCACCAAGGGGGACGACUGUCAGUUCGUCUGCAUCGCUCAGGAGGACUACUGGCGCAUCCUCAACCAUGUGGAGAAGAACACGCACAAGGUGGAGGAGGAGGGGGAGAUUGUGAUGGUGAAGGAACACCGCGAGCUUGACCGCAGCGGGACCAGGAAAGGACACAUUGUCAUCAAGGGAACCCCGGAGCGUCUGAUCAUGCACCUGGUGGAGGAACCGUCAGUAGUGGACCCCACCUACAUCGAAGACUUCCUGCUGACCUACAGGACCUUCCUGUCAAGUCCCAUGGAGGUUGGCAAGAAACUGUUGGAGUGGUUCCAAGUGGACAGCCUCCGGGAUACGGUAACAAGAAUAGUGCUGCUGUGGGUCAACAACCACUUCAAUGACUUUGAGGGUGACCCAGCUAUGACACGCUUUCUCGAGGAGUUUGAGAAACAUCUAGAAGUAACAAAAAUGAAGGGCCAUUUGCGGCUGCUGAACAUAGCGUGUGCUGCCAAGGCCAAGUGGAGACAGAUCACUCUGCAGAAGGCGUCCAGGGAGUCACCGCUCUACUUCAGCGUGCAGGGCGGCAGCGAGAGGGGAUUCGGGAUCUUUGUGGAGUCGGUGGAGGAAGGGAGCAAGGCGGCAGAGGCCGGACUCAAGCGGGGAGAUCAGAUCAUGGAGAUCAAUGGUCAGAACUUUGAGAACAUCUCCUUCUCCAAAGCUGUUGAUAUCUUGAGAAACAACACACACCUCUCUCUCACAGUCAAAACCAACAUAUUUGUCUUCAAAGAGCUCCUGAGCAGGAUUGUGCACGAGAAGAAGAAUGGGGGUCCUCACAUUCCCAAGAUCCAGGAGAAAAAAGGCAAUCGCUUCUCCAUCCCUGACCUCCCUGGAGACAUGGAGUUCCCUACAGACCACAAGAGUACCAGGAAAAUGAAGGCCAAUACUGUGUCAGGUGGACGCAACAAGAUCAGGAAGAUGCUGGAGAAGACGCGCUUCAGCAUACUGCCACCCAAACCAUUCAGUGAUGGCGGUAUGGGUCAGUCCCAGGACGACAGCAUCGUGGGUACCAAGCAGUGUCGUCACAGCGUAGCCAUCAUGCCCAUCCCAGGCAACCUUUCGUCCAGCAGCCCCGACCUGCUGCAGCCGGCCACCAGCGUCCUCGACUUCUCCAAUCCUGCAGACAUCCCAGACCAGGUGAUUCGGGUUUUCAAGGCCGACCAGCAGAGCUGCUACAUCAUCAUCAGUAAGGACACUACUGCCAAGGAUGUGGUCAACCACACCGUCAAUGAGUUCGGCCUCCUCGCAGCACCUGAGACCUACUCCCUGUGUGAGGUGUCGGUUAGCCCCGAGGGAGUCAUAAAACAGCGCCGCCUGCCCGACCAGCUUUCCAAACUGGCUGAUCGGAUUCAGCUCAAUGGCAGGUACUACCUGAAGAACAACAUGGAGACGGAGACAUUGUGUUCAGACGAGGAUGCCCAGGACCUCCUCAGGGAGAGUCAGAUCUCUCUGCUGCAGCUCAGCACCAUGGAGGUCGCUGCCCAGCUCUCCAUGAGGGACUUUGAGCUCUUUAGGAACAUUGAGUCCACAGAGUACGUGGACGACUUGUUUAAACUGGACUCCUCAGUGGGAAGUGGCAAUCUGAAACAAUUUGAGGAGGUCAUAAACCAGGAGACAUUCUGGGUCGCCACAGAGAUCCUGAAGGAGCCCAACGCCCUGAAGAGGAUGAAGACCAUCAAACACUUCAUCAAGAUCGCCCUGCACUGCAGAGAGUGCAAGAAUUUUAACUCCAUGUUCGCUAUUAUCAGCGGCCUGAACUUGGCACCGGUGGCUCGGCUGCGGAGCUCGUGGGAGAAGUUGCCCAGCAAGUACGAGAAGCUGUUCGGGGACCUGCAGGACGUCUUUGACCCUUCCAGGAACAUGGCCAAGUACCGCAACACCCUGAGCAGCCAGAGCAUGCAGCCGCCCAUCAUCCCACUGUUCCCAGUGGUUAAGAAGGACCUCACCUUUUUACAUGAAGGCAAUGACUCCAGCGUAGACGGUCUUGUGAACUUCGAGAAGCUGAGGAUGAUCGCAAAGGAGAUCAGACAUGUGGUGCGGAUGACCUCUGCCAACAUGGACCCUGCUCUCAUGUUCAGACAGAGGAAGAAGAGGUGGAAGAGUUUAGGGUCUUUGAGUCAGGGCAGCACCAAUUCCAACAUGCUGGACGUGCAGGGCGGCGCCCACAAGAAGCGAGUACGUCGCAGCUCGCUUCUCAACGCCAAGAAGCUGUACGAGGACGCUCAGAUGGCCAGGAAGGUGAAGCAGUACCUGUCCAACCUGACAGUGGAGACGGACGAGGAGAAACACCAAAUCAUGUCCCUGCAAUGUGAGCCGGCCUACAGCACCCUGUCAAAGAACUUGAGUGAGAGACGAUCCACCAAGUCGGACAUGUCUCCAGUGUCUCUGCGGUCGGCACUGCCCUCGGGAAAAACACAGAACAGGGUGUCACAAGUCCUUCAGGUCCAGGUCCCACUGAACCCCCUGCGAAAGAAGAGUACUGCCAAGGACAUAGGCACACCAAACUCCAAUUCUCCUCAGGUGGUGAAGAAACCUCCAGUGAACUCAUCAGAGGAGUGGAGCACCAAGAGGCCGUCUGACGACACCGUCUCCACCAUCUCCUCCCUUCACUCCAGCCCCACGGUGUCACCACAGGGUUCUCCACGCAAAGUGGGAGGCGUGGCCAAGUCCCAGAACUCCAGCCAGAUGAACCUGUCGGGAUCUUCGUCGUCACUGACCAGCGAUGCCAGCACAAAGGCCGGCACUGUCAGCCUGCGCAGCUACGGCAUAGGUUACGCCCUCCUACCAGCCGGUAAAGCAGACAACCUGUCGGACUCCAGUCACAGCGAGAUAUCCUCCCGCUCCAGUAUCUGUUCAGUUGACUCAGUGCCAGCUCCCGGGCUUGAUGACCGGUGUAGUAACAGCAACAGGAUCUGUACCACUACUGCUGCCAUUACUUCUACAACUACUACAACAGUGGCUGCUGCAGUUGUUGAGAGCACAGCAGCAACACAUGCACUCUUAAAUGCUGAUUACAACCAGCCCAGCACAAGUUCCUCAUCGACUGCGCGAGGAUAUGUAACGCGAGCCUCCACCUUCACCUCCUCCACCUCCACGGAGGAGCUGACCCCAGACCACACCUCCCUGGACUCGGUGGCCGACAGCGGCCGGGGCAGCUGGACGUCCUGCUCCUCUAACUCCCACGACUCCUUCCAGAGCCUCCCGCCCUCCUCGUGUCGGCCCUGGGACCAUGGCAUCCAUGGGCACCCGCUUUCCCUCCCGCACACACACCUGGGCGGUUUCAAGCACACACAGCUGGCCGGGCCGAUAGCGGAGGUCGAGGCCGUGGGUCACACGUGGGCAAAUGACGGCGCCACCAAGCAGCACUCCAGAGACUCCAGCUCGGAUCUGUCCAAUCAGUCGCGGCAGAGCUGGGCGUCGUCUAGCUCGCUGUCGGACACCUACGAGGGGAAUUACGGGACGAUAAAGCGCCGAAACACCUCGGAGCACCCCUCCUCGCCAACCAACGAGGAAGGAGGCCAAAGCACAGACCCCGCCUACAAAACGGUGACAUCAAGCACAGAGAAAGGCCUGAUAGUGUAUUGUGUCACCUCCCCCGCCAAGGAUGAGCGUUACCGAGCUCCCCCUCCCACCCCUCCAGGCUACCAGGGUCUGGCUCUGGGGGAUCUCGGCCUCACAGACGGAGUAGUUGGUGGGCCUGGAGGUCUCCUCCCCAGGCCUCCUCACCUCAAACCUCCAGACUACAGCGUGGCCCUGCAGAGAAGCAAACUCCUGCAGAGCCCCGGAGCAGCCAGCAGUUUGGCUGAGGCGCGGAGGCUGGCUGGCAACCAUCACCUCCACCACCAAGAGGCCCGGACAACUGGCUCCACGCAGGGCUACUCCAGACCACCCAGCAUCUGCCUCCCACCACAGGAGCUGGCUGACAGUGAGGAUGAUGAACAGGUGUCGGCGGUGUAAAGACAGCGACGUCGCACUCUCAUGUUCUCACACACGUACCAGGUUGUGUUGAUCAGGCUUUGGACUAAGCUAGCAGCCUGCCGUCACCACGUGUCAGAGCACAUUUUCUAAGUCCUGCCCCCACAGCCCUGUGUGACACCACCACGGACCAUAACGCACCUCUGGACCAGACCAGAUGGUCACAUAACCCCUCCCCACCUCCCUGGUCUCGUUUUAAACCCAUUUCACAAAACAAAGAAGAAAAGGCAAUAUUUUAGAUACUUUUUAGAAACUCUUGAACAAAGCAGAAAAAGGUGGCGUGAUGGGAGUCUCAUCACGCUAGAUGGUCGUCACAAAAAUGAACAAAUAAAAGAAGGAACGAGUGACAAUAACCAUGCCUCAUGAGAAGAAGUCAGCCUUCGUGGAAACAGACCACCACGUACCUCCAUUUUACGCUCUGUGCUCUCUUGUAUAAAGUUGUUUCCAUUGUUUUUCACAGUUUUAACUUGUUGUACAGCGAUUUUUCUUUUUUGUAAAAAGCUUUUUUCUUGCUCUUCUUUUUAUUUGCAUCUCUGAGCUUUUGCAAAGUUUUUAUUUGAGAAUAGUGAGGAGGAGCAGACAAAGGGAUAGAAAGUUGUAGUCAGCAGUUCAAGUAUUAUGAGGAACAUUUAGCUUGUGGGGAAUUUUUUUCUUGCUUUCUUCUGCUAUUGUUCACAGUUUGCUUUCAGCUCAAAAGAAGAUGAAUGUAGAUUAAUACAAGACAAGUGAAAACUGAUUUUAGAUUUAUGGGCCUCUAUCAAACCUUGGCACUGAUGAUGUAAAUAUACAUGAAUAACAUCAGUUCCAGUGCACAAAAAAACUGCUAUAAUAAACCCAGCUUUAUCAUCCAAAUACUUACACUUGACUGUAUUUGGGGUCAUGAAAGCCCUCAGGAGCCACAAAUAGCCCCUUGACAUAUUUUCCACUUCCUUCUCGAGAGGUAAAAAAAAAACAGAUAAAUUACUCCUGAACUAACAGAGAGCACGUCUGUUUGUGUAUUUAUCACUUAAUGUACUUUGUUGAGCUUUAUAGGGAAAAAAAGAGACAAGCAGUAUCUCUCAGGCAGUUUUGUGUCCUCGUGUCGUGCUCUCCACCACCCAGCCCACCUCUCUUAUUGCUCGUUCAGUCUGACGCGAGGUACUUUUGCGGCAUGCUGCCUCCUGGAUGUUCUAUAAAAUCUGUAUUGUAACUUGUUUUUAAUGAGCUGAAGAACAAAUGCCUCGCCGCUUCCUGUAGAGUAAAGCGCGUGUCGUUAUUUUAUUGCAGCAGCUAUAAUAAAACGAUAAAUUAGCACCGAGUGGCCACACAACGUGCAUGCAUAUACACUCACUCACACCAAGAUCUUAGCUGGUGUGCAUAAAGACAAAGGACAGUGUUUACACCAUUGCUUACACAUUUUGUUUACAGUGUUUAUUAGACUAGUUGUCUAUUGAAUUACAAGCUGAAAUGUUGAAAGUAUAACCCUCCAGGUUCAUUUGACCUUGUAAAUUUGUUUAUAAAGCAGCAGGAAUAUGCAGAUGCAGCAUAAACUUUUGAGUAUGUGCUCACAGUGUACCUCUCGUUUUUUUUCCUAUUAUUUAAAAGAACAAGCAACAAAACAAAUCAACAGAUAAUGUAUUUUAAUGCCCAGCUUGCAUCUUCAUUCCAUGUUCAUAGUACAUUUUGUAGAAUAUUUAAAGGGUGUGCUUGAAAAUUGUUUAUUUGUGUUGAAAACAAAAACAAAUUUGUACAUUCUGAGUAAUGCUUUGGAAAAGGAAAGUGGUUCUUAUUUGUGUUUAUCUGCAGUGCAGCAGGGGUGUAACUGGAAUUAGAUGUUCUUUUCCUUCUGCUGUCUCGUCUCACGCUCUGUGAUGCUUCUUUUUGUAUUUGUUUUGCCACACGAAGACUUGAAAUGAUCAUUGCUAAUAUAUACUUGGCAUAUAUAUAUAUAUAUAUGAAUUUAUACAUAUAUAUUUUUGUUGUUUCUUUGCCAUAAAUUAAUGUUAACUGGUCAUGUAUAGAUGAGAGAAGAGAGUCCUCUAUAAAUGCUAUUUUUGAAUAUUUUGUUAUAACAAAUAAUCCAAGGCUGUGAUUGCCCUGUUUCUGUCUGCGGGCAGGAGUCUUUUCUGUUAGUUCUUACCUAUGUUCCUGACUUGUUUUCUCCCCUCACACUCUGUUGCUGGUGCCAUUUCCGAUCUGUCUAUACGUGAAAUUGCUGCUGCGUUUUGGGAUAUGGCAGUGCGUGCGUGUGAGAGAGAGUGUGUGUGUGUGUGUGUGUGUGUGUGUGUGCGUGUGCGUGUGCGUGCGUGUUGUGAAAUUACAUUUGCGAGGCUGGGAUCAACAUAGAAAAAAAAAACAUUUUGAUUCAGUCUGGGCGCAUAGCACAUAAGGAAAGGCUCAGAAGUCAUUUUCAAUGAAAGCCCUUCUUAUUUUGCAGCUUUGAUUGCUCUCGCCUGCAGAAAGGUUGGGCCCCCCGUGGGUCUCUUGCUGUCGGUUUUCAUGCCACAACGCGAGUUCAUUCAAACUCUGAUUGGAUGAUUGAAAACAGGUCUUUUGAUGCUAUUAUAUCCCUGUCUGUUUGAAUUGAGCAGCCACAAUGCCAUGUCUCUCUCUCUUUCCCUGUCUCCUCCUCAGCCCUGUCACCUCAGCAUGACUGUAAACUUUCAUUUUUCCUCCUCACUGUACUCAUGGGAUGGAAUUCACUCCAUUGCUUGUGGGAUUUUAUGAAUCAUGAGUGUCCACUGUGACCUUCAUCCUAGUUACAUUUUCCUUUUUUUUUUUUUUUAAACAAUCUUGAUAGUAGACACUUUUAAACAGACUGAGUCAGAAACUGACACUUCCUCUUUUUUGCACAGCUGUAUUACUCAGAUUCUAUACCACAAAUCAGUAUUAAUGUUCUGCAUAGAUUUAAAAGAAAACAGUGGCAUGUGCUACUUCUUUUCUUUGGCUCAUUCAUGAAUGGCAAAAUCAGAAAUCAGAGCUUUGAAAUGUUGGAUUUAGAGCAAAACACCAGGCAACCAUUUGCUUUAUUCCUUAUGUGUCUAUUAGCACUCCAAAUGCUCCAUUUUUUUUGUUUGCUUUUUGUAUUUUUGUUUUUGUUUAUCUUUUUUCUUUCAGGGCAAAAGUUCAUUCAGUAGUAAUUCCCUUUCUCCCCACCCCAGUUGGUAUGUUUUCAUGUAGGCUCCUGGCACUGUGAACACAACACAUCAGUGUUUUUAAUUGAUAUAAACAGGAGAUCCUCUCCUCACUGGUUGAUGAAAAUGUCCCUUCUGUCUGACUGUAACUUUCGUCUCCCCCCACCCCACCCUAGUGUCCUGCCAUGUUACCUGGAAUGCAAUAAGAGAGAUGUGAAUGUGUUUUAUGUAGACAUCUUUUGGCAUUACAGCAGAAAUGCACAACAAUAAGCUUAAAUGUGGUGAGUGUGCUGCACAAUCUGUACAAAGAGGUAUUAACUUGGUCUGUGGCUUAAAGUUUGCUUUUGUCUCACACUUCUCAUAGCGGUUGUAACUUAUGUCUUUUAGAAAGACAACAUGAUUUUGCUCGUACGCUUUUUAUGUAUUUUUUACGAGUGAUUGUAAAUAGUUGUUAUAUUUUUGUUUAAGAGAAUGUUGAAAAAGGAAAAAAUACCUUUUAUUUCUCCAAGUCUACUGAUAUGAAUUUGGACAAUGAAUAAAAUAAUAAACAGAAA